GGAUCCCUAUAAAUCCCCCGCCUUUUCUUCUCCACUCCACUCAUCAAACCCCCCUCUCUCUCUCUCGCUCGCUCGCUCUCUCCGUGUCUCUAAAAAUUAUCGCUGAUCAGCUUCUAGUUACAGCUUCACUGCACACAAGCAAAAGGGGAAGCUCUAAUGGAGAGGCGGCCAGUGGCAGCAGGGGACGCGGCAAGGCCGCAACAACUGCCGCCGGGGUUCCGGUUCCACCCCACAGACGAGGAGCUGGUGGUGCAGUACCUCCGCCGCAAGGCCCUCGCCCGGCCGCUGCCCGCCGCCGUCAUCCCCGUCGUCCACGCCGCCGCCACGCUCGACCCCUGGGAUCUCCCCGGUGUGAGCGAAGGGGAGGCGGCGUACUUCUUCAGCCUGCGGCAAGCGCCGGCGACCGGCCGCGGGAGCCGGAGGAGAGCGAGCAGUGGGUACUGGAAGGCCACGGGGAAGGAGAAGCCCGUGUUCGUGCAGUUCCCUCCUUCGUCUGGGUACGGCGGCGGUAAUGGCAAGCGGCAGCUCGUCGUGGGCGUCAAGACGGCGCUCGCCUUCCACCUCGGCAACGGGAAGAAGCCGUCGCGGACCGGCUGGGUCAUGCACGAGUACCGUCUCGCCGCCGCGGCCGCCGAGCAGAAGAAGGCGUCUGGAGAGUGGGUCGUGUGCCGGGUCUCUCUCAAGAGCGGAGCAAGGAGGCCAGCCGGCGCCGAAGACCGUGCGCCCCAUGUCGUGCACCGGGAAGAACCUGGCCGCCGCCAGCCAUCGCCGUCGUUGUCGCCGUCGUCGAGCUGCGUGACAGACACCUGCCAGGUUUCGGACCAAGAAGAAAUCAGCAGUAGCCAGUAGUGGACUCGGAAGAUGCUCCAACUGCAUAUGCAUGUCCCCUCCCAAAGACAGGCCUGGCCUAGAAGGCAUGUUGAAGUUUGAAGUUCCGAACCUUUUCUUGUACCAUAAUGAUGGGAAUUUGAGCAGCGGGUUGAAGAUGAAGACAGAGUCCAUCUGAAGAAAGCUCCGUCAAGCCGCUGCGCCAUCAGUGUCAGUUGUAACUUGUAAGCCUCUCUUAAACGGGAAACUGGAUCAAGCAAAAACGUCGGUUGCUGCAACUCGUCGAUCAGCUGUCUUUUCCUUUGCCUCUUCGAAUCACCACUCACCGCCACCAUACAACCUGAACGAAAAUAUCCAUGGAACUGGGCACCUGUAUUUCGAAAUAAAAAUUUAACCAAUAUUAGAAACAA